ACAUUUGAUUGACAAGUUCCAACAGAACUACAAUAAUAAAAAGAAUCUAGAUUAGAUCUAGUCAAAACUAUGAACUCAUGCUAAGACAUGUGAAGUGAAGAAUGUUGUAAAAAUUGAGAUUUGCUUGUUGCAUACUUUUAAUAAAACUUGUAAAACAUUUAAAAAAUGGAUGAAACAACGUUGGAUCACGUGUACUUGAAAAAAUUGAAGCCUAGAUUUAAAGAGCUUUUUAUACAGUUUAUCAUACCAGACAAUGUUCUUCAUGUGUUUCAUAAAUACAACAAAGACAUUUUGACAGACAUUGAUCUUCAAAACAUUGCUGCUGAAACAACAAACCAUGGUCCAAUAGCAGGCAGUAUUUUACUAUUUGAAAGACUUGUGUUAUACAAGGGCUGGUACCCAUGUUUGUUAAAAGUUCUUUAUGAUAGAGGAGUGUGUUUGUCUCAUGUAGCGCAAGGAAUGGAAAAGAUCAAAGGUUUACUAGAUGAUGAGAUUUUACAAGAGGAAUCUGAUGACCAGAGUGCAAACAAAGAUAAAUGGUUGGCUGGUCUGUCUUUGUACACCAGUGGAUUGACCAGAGUCCUGCAUGUUCCUCCAAACACAACAAAUUUAAACAAGUUAAAAGUGGACCCAGUUCUAGAGAAAAGAUUACUAAAAAAGAAGGUUGAAAAUGAAAGACUCCAAAAAGAAUUAGAUGAGGUAAAACAAAGUCUAAGGGAACUUAACCAAUCUUAUGAAGAGUUACAACAACAGACAAACUCAGUUCUGUCAAGUGAUGUGGAUAUCGCAGAAAAGCAGCAAGAACAAUGCAAAGAUUGUAAGGAAAAGCUCAAACAAAAUGAGAAACUAAAAAAUGAACUAAAACAAGCCAAAGUAGUGCAGGUUGACUUGAAAUCAUCUAAUGAAGAGCUGUUAUUAGAGAAAGAGAAACAGAAGACUGAAUUAGACAAACUCAUGAAAAUGUAUAAUGAACUUAAGGUGUCCCAUGAAGAGCUGAAACAAAUAAAAGAGAAACAAAAGACUGAAUUAGAAAAGGUUACAGAAAUGUAUAAUGAACUAAAAGUGUCACACCAAGAGUUACUACAUGUGAAAGAAACAAUUCAAAAGGAAACUGCUGAUAUAAAGGAGCAACUCAACUUAGCAAAAAAGGCGAAUGAAGAACUCAUGAGAAAGGUAUUUGCUAAAGAUUUGAAUCUAUUAAUUGUUGGUAAAGACGGAGCUGGCAAGAGUGCUUUAGGAAAUUCGAUCCUUGGACGUCAAGCUUUUGAAUUAUACCACAAUUAUAGAACACGCGUAACCAAUGAUUAUCAAAUAGAAUAUGGUGAAUACAAGAACAGAAAAUUAAUGGUCGUAGACAAACUUGGUCCAUACACGAAGUUUGAUGAACCCUUUAGAGAUUUAAAGAAGUUGACUGAUCAAAUAAGACAAGCUUUGACUAUACAAUUUCAAGGCUACAGUGCACUCAUUUAUGUUAUAAGAUAUGGAGGUAGAUUCACAAUGGAAGAUGAAGAUUUUUUUAAAGCGUUAAAAACUAUUUUAGGAGAUAACUGUAUAAAACAGUUUGGUAUUCUAGCAAUAACAUGUGGAGAUUGUUUUGAACUCGAUUCUGAUGAAACCAACAUUACGUUUGAUAAAUGGUGUCGUAAACAAAAAGGUCUUUUAAAAUAUCUAAUUAAGGAAUUCGAACAACGCGUCGUUUUAUUUGACAACAGGACACGUAGUGAAACAAAAAAGGAAAGACAGCUGGACCAGCUGAUUGCAUUAGUUGAUUGUUUACAAGCCAAAUGUAGCAAGUUCACGGCAAAAGAUUUAACACCUACCUCAGGCAUUUGUCCCAUACAUGGUCCAGAUUAUUGAAAUGAUGUAGUAGCUGUACUGACAUUGUACAAAAUUUCAUCUCCAUCAGUCAAGUAUUUUGCAAAUUAUGGCAUGUGUAAAAAAAUGUACAACGUGUCAACAUAGAGUAAAAUGUUAGUAACCGCUUAUUUAUAUCAUGCCAUUCUGGAAUGAUAUUUACUAUGUAUUAGAAUAUAACAAUCCAAUUGAAGAAUAAAAAAUUCAUAAGAGAUCUAAAAAAAUGUUAAUUAAUUUAUCGACAUCAACACUUUCCGUAACAGACUGUGUUUGGUGAAUUGUAUUUGGAGUAAAACGUGUGUGUGAGUUGAAUACCUGGCCAACGGAAGAGAAUGCGUGAGCGAUCAAUCACUGUAUUUUGCAUGCUUUUUGGAGAUCGCUCACUGACUGUAGGGCCAUAUAAUCGGUGUAAAUGAGAUGUUCGGGGGGACCACUUAGAUGAAUGCUAGUGGAUGCUUUGUGAGUUGAU